AUGUCGCCAGAAGAGUUUACCGAGACUCCAUACGACUAUGUCGUAAUCGGAGGGGGAACUGCGGGUCUUGUCGUUGCUGCCCGUCUCAGUGAGGACCCUAAUGUCACUGUUGGAGUGCUCGAAGCCGGAGAUGACAGAUUGGAUGAUCCGCUUGUGGAUGCGCCGAAUCUGUUCCUGCAGCUUUGGGACAAGCCAGAGUAUGACUGGAGCUAUAAGACGAUGCCACAGAAAGGAACCGAGGGCCGUGUGCAUGGCUGGGUACGUGGCAAGGUGUUGGGAGGAUCAUCUGCUGUCAAUUACAACAUGUUUUCAAUGGCUUCGCGGCAAGACAUCGACAACUGGGAAGAGCUAGGGAACAAUGGAUGGAACUUCGAUGGGCUGGCACCAUACUAUCGUAAAUUCGAGAGGUACAACGCGUCUUCGAAGGUCCUCAGCUCCAAGAUCAACGACAAGUACAUUGAUCCGCAGUUGAGGGGCACCGACGGCCCAAUCCAGGUUUCGUUCUGCGACGCAGACACCACCUGGAACCAGGAGAUAUGGCCAGAAACCGCACUCAACGCCGGAUAUCCUACUCCUAAAGAUCCUCGUACUGGCUCCGCAAUAGGUGGAUUCAAUCAACUCACAACUGUGGAUCCUGUGACUAUGCGUCGUAGUUACUCGGCCCGAGCAUACUACGAACCGAACAAGGACCGGAGCAAUCUGUCGGUUCUGACCAAUGCGCUAGUGUCAAAGAUUGACCUCGAGAAGAUUGGUUCUGCGGAUGCGAAGGCGACAGGAGUAUAUUUCAUCGUCAAUGGAACUACCCACCAUGUCAAAGCCAACCGUGAGGUAAUCGUCUGUGGCGGAGUUGUCAACUCGCCACAAAUCUUGGAACUCUCCGGUAUAGGCUCACCGGAAAUUCUGUCCCGAGCAGGAGUGGAUGUGGUCGUAGAGCUUCCUGCCGUAGGUGAGAAUCUGAACGACCAUUCUGCUACUGGAAUAUCUAUAAAAGUGAAGGACGAAUAUCCCACCGCGGAAGUGCUUUUCAGAAACCCAGAGAUUGCACAACAGGCCAUGGAGGCUUACCUUCAUCACAAAGCAGGCCCAUUCACUAAUGCCCCGACUACUUGCGGAUUCAUUUCGCUUGAGCUUCUCGAUCCCCAACUUCAGGACGCACAGAAGCACAUCCAGUCUCUGGUCGCGGAGUACAGGAAGCUGCAUCCAGAUGCUGACCCGGGAGGUCGUGAUACUUUGCUAGCUCGUCAGCUCAUGGAUCCAAAGGAAGCUGUCACUCAGUUCGUAUUGCUUACCGUAGGAGCAGACAUUCGUAAUUGCGAUACUCCAUCAAAGGUCUUCAUACAGGAUGAGCCUGGCAACUGGAUAAUCCUGGCGACAUGUUCCACGCGUUCCCUGUCUCGCGGGAGCAUCCACAUCAAUUCCUCGGAUCCAACGAAAUACCCUACAAUUGACCCUAACUACUUUGACCAUCCCCUCGAUCUCGACAUGGCGGCGCGCAGUGUCGUCCACGCCCUCAAGUUGACAGAGUACGAACCGCUGCGAUCGGCGCUGGACCUUAACGCCGACGGCCAAGUCCAGUUCCACCCAUCUACCGGAGCCACGGGCAUGCCUCAGACACUUGAAGAAGCUAAGAAGCUGGCGGCUGCAAACACAGUAACGGAGUAUCAUCCCAUCGGAACUUGUGCGAUGCUACCGAGAGAAAAAGGAGGUGUCGUUGACAAUCACUGCAAGGUGUACGGGACGAGCAAUGUGCGGGUCGUCGAUGCUUCGAUCUUCCCUACACACGUGCAGGGCAACAUUGUUUCAUUGGUGUAUGCUGUAGCUGAGAAGGCUUCGGACAUCAUCAGGGGAAAAAUUGUCAACGGAACCAACGGUACGAAUGGAACGAAGAUGUGAAUAAUCCUCGAUGUGAGGUAGGGCACGGGAAGAGUCACCAGGGCGCAGCGUAGCGUGAGUUGAAGAUGGUACAGUAGCCGAU